AUGACGGCAGGAUCAGAUCAGCUCGUGAUUGACGAGGCCAAGCCGCCCAAGUCGGAGCGUCAUCCAGUGAAAUGGAAUCGCUCCACGUUUUAUAACAUGACCAUAUUGGGUCUGUGUAACCUCGCCGCGCCAGGUAUCUGGGGAGCUAUGAACUCUUUGGGUGCCGGAGGAGCAGCCUCAACAGAGCUCAUCAAUGCCGCUAAUGCAUUGACAUUUUGUCUGAUGGUGGUAUCUUGUUACUUUUCGAGUGUUAUUGUGCACUAUAUCGGCAUCAAGGGUGCUUUGUUGGUGGGCACUAUAGGAUACGCACCCUACGCCGCCGGUCUAUACACCAACAACCGUUUCGGAAAUGAGUGGUUCGUGCUCCUGGGAGCCGCGCUCUGCGGCAUCUCGGCCGGUAUCUUCUGGAUGGCCGAGGCGGCCAUUGCCAUUGCCUACCCGGAGCCCUGGAACCGCGGCAAGGCCCUGGGCUACUGGCUGACGUACCGGCUGUGCGGUCAGAUCCUCGGCGGCGCCAUCAACCUGGGCAUCAACGCCCACCGCGACGAGGCCGGCUCCGUCAGCUACACCGUCUACCUUGUCUUUAUCGCGCUGCAGGCCACGGGCCCCUUUGUCGCCCUGCUCCUCAAUAAGCCCGCCCAGGUCGAGCGCCAGGACGGCAAGAAGGUGUCUCUGGCCAUUCUUGAGAACCCCUGGCACGAGGUCAAGGAGACGACCAAGGACUUUUUCAAGCCAAAGUUUCUUCUCAUUGUUCUCUGGAUUGGACAGGCUGUCUUUUCCGAGGCAGUCUUCUUCUCCUAUCUUGCUCUGUGGUUCACUGUCAGAGCCCGAGCUCUCGGUUCAUUUCUUUCGGGUAUCAGUGCCAUCAUUGCCGGAAACCUCCUCGGAAACUACCUCGACCACACAAAAUUCUCACUCAAGCUUCGCACACGCUCAACCUUUUGGUUCCUCGUUGUCACCCAGGGUGCUUGGUGGUUGUGGAUAACGGUCUUGGCCACGCGGUUCCGCGUCGAGAAGCCCGUUUAUGACUGGUCGACGCCCGGGUUCGGCGCCGCCUUUGCCGUCUACAUUAUGCACACGAUUGGAUUCCAGAUCAACUACCUCUUCUUAUACUUUAUCGUGACUAAUCUCGCCAAUGGUGAGGCCGAGGUUAUUCGAUACGCCGCUCUGCUCCGUGGAACAGAGUCUGCCUGGCAAGCCGUGAGCUACGGUCUCACGUCGAUACAGCUCUUUGCCCAAGUCGGCGCCAUUUACCUCAACUUUGGUUUCUGGGCUCUGGCCAUCCUUCCGGCGUGGUUCGUGGUGAGACACUUUGGCCAGUCGGGCCUGACUGCUCCUGAUGAACCGGUUCAGACUACAGAAACUGCAAUCAAGGCUGGGUCCAAGGGAGAGAGUGAUUAG